CAGUGCAUGGGUGGGGAUCUAGGACGCCGCCCCAGUGUGGUUGUUGGUGGAUCUCAGCCACCAUCUCGUGAACCGCCGUGUGCAGCUGGCGGUGGAGUUGGAGGUGGUUCGGGUGAGGGUGGAAGCUUGGGUCGCCUGGUGCAGCCUGCUAUGGCUAAGGAGGGCCAGUGGCAGAAGAAGCCUUCCAGUGGUGGUGCGGCGGGCCAACCCUUGUCGGCGGCGGGGAUACCUGUGGGUACAUCGGGUGCAGUUCGUUCCUCCACACAGGUAAUUGCUUCUGAUGCUGCUUUUGGUUAGAAUAGACCGGCGAUGUGCUACAAGUGUGGGGUCUCUAGGCACAAUUCUAAGGAUUGCUCAACCGAGGUUUUCUGCCUGACCUGUGAGAAAUCUACACAUAUUACCUCUUGUUGUGUGUGGCCGAGUCAGCCAAAACCUCUGAUGCAGCCUGUUGGUUUGCGGACGCCAGAACAGGGAUUCUUUGCUGCUCAACAUGCCAAGCCCUCGAAGCGUGAGGAGCGUGCUUCGACGCUUGGGCUGAUUCAAGUCACUAGAGGCACUCUUCAUGCAUCUAUGCUUCAAGAAGGAUUGGAGCGCCAUAUCCCUGGUACGUGGCAUUGGACUGCUGUUCCUAGAGGCAAAGCUUUCCUUGUCAAUUUCCCCUCUGCGGCUCAGCUUAAUCUGCUAGUGGAUUUUGAGGAUUUUCGGCUAAAAGGUACUAAUGCUUACAUCAACGUUGUGAGAGCGUCCAGCGAGGUCAAACCAAAGGCUGCCUAUUCUCCAUUUGGGCUCGGGCAGAGGGUGUUCCAAAAGAUAUGAAGAACUUUAGGGGCAUUUCUGAGGUUGGCUCUCUCAUUGGGGUUGUUCAUCAGGUUGAUAUGCAGAUGCUGGAAGAGCUUGGUUUAGUGAGAUUUAAAGUGGAUGUGAAGAGUAUUGCUAAAUUUCCUUUGACUCUUGACUUUAGUGUGCCUCCAGACAUGUAUGAUAUUCACUUCUCUGUGGAGGAAGUGAUCAUCUCAGGUACCUUGGAGAUUUCUCAGAAAAGGGCCAGUGAAGCAAAUAUGUCCGACAGACAGAAAAAAACUAAAUCCGUGGGAGUUAGUGACAUUCUGCCUCAAAAUCUGACAGCUGGGGGUGUUCCUGUUGUGGCUGCUACUUCACCAGUACUUCCCGUGGCUGGCCCUACAACUAAUCUGAUAGUGUCUGGUGAAAUGGCUGUUGAGGAAAUUCCAGAUGAUCACUUGGAUCUCCCUGUAGAUGGAAAUGGUCAUGCUCUGACUGGAAUGGAUGAUGUUGGCUUGGGGAAUGUGGAUGAUGAGAUUCUGGGCAGCAGCCAGGAGAGAGUGCAUUUUUCUCAGGAGGUUGAGCAACCUGAUUCUCAAGAAUCUUUUGCUACCAAAGUGAAGAAAACAAUGCAAGUUAAACUGACUUCAACUGCUGAAGCUGAAACUGAGAAGGAUAGUAAACUGGCUGGGCUGAAUGAGAAGAAAAAGAAAGCAACUCUACCUCCGGAAAGGAGGCGUUGUGAAAGGCUCAAAGGGCAAGAGGAUGCUGACAGAACUGAUUUGGCCAUGAAGCGUGCUGAAGCUAAGAACUCCAUUUUCAGGAAACUCAAGGGAGAAAGAGAUAUAUCAUUUGGUGAACUGGCCUACAGUUUGUUUGCCCAAAGAUAGUGGAGGUUUGCGGGUGCUAGAUCUUUCUACUAUGAAUCAAAGCUUAUUGUGUAAGUGGCUCCGGAAACUGGAAAAUACUGAGGGUUUGUGGCAGGAAAUGCUUACCAACAAAUAUCUUCAGAGACGAAUUUUAUCAAGACAGGGGCAGGGUGGUGGCUCACACUUCUGGCAAAGUUUGAUGAAAGUGAAUCCUAUCUUUCAGCAAUGUGUGCACAAGAUUGUGGGAGAUGGGGCCAAGACACUGUUCUGGAAGGAUAGUUGUCUGU